AUGAAUGUCCUUAGUGAACAUAACUUACAGGAGAGCAAUAUGGUUCCAUGUAUGUUUUAUGAUGAAAAACUGGUAUUGUUGUUUUAUGUUGAUGAUGGAUUGGCUAUGUGCUCUACUGAUGCCACUGCUAAGUUCAUUGAAGAGUUGGGGAAACGUUUUCAAAUCAGUGUCGAAAAAGUUGAUUACUUCUUGGCUAUACAAAUCAAGAGGUUUGACAACUGUAUUCAAACACAUCAAUCUGCAUAUGUGAAGAGGAUUUUGGAGAAAUAUGAUGUGAUGGAUGCAAAACCAUUGUCUUUACCCAUUAAACCAGGUGAGUCACCUCCGUUUAAUAAUACUGGACUGUACCGAGAUAUGGUUGGAAGUUUGAUGUAUUUAACACAAGGCACAAGACCAGAUUUAUCAUUUGCUGUUAAUGUUGCCUCAAGAGUUCAAGACUCACCAACACACGCACAGGUUUAA